UUGAAACAAAUAAGCCACUACAGAAUUUUUAUUUGUUCACGGAUUCUAGUCAAUAUACACUCCGUGAUUUGUUUAAUAAAAACAUAAUUUGGUAGUAAACUAGUAAACAAUCAACAAUCUCCUGGUGCGGAAUCCAGCAUGUCUACUAGAGUUUUAGAUGAGUACGGGGAACUCGUGAGACAGCUCAUUGAGGUGGAAAAAAUGACACAUCUACAGGUAUCAGGAUACCUGAUGAACACCCAUAAUAUCCAAAGAGGUGCUACUGAGCGUUCAGUAAGAACCUACUGCCAAGAGAACAACAUUAGGAAAGGAGGUCCACUUGUUAGAGAAGAGGACCUUAAUGUGGCAGUAGGUGGAGCAGUUGAACAGGUUGGACCAUCUUUUGGCCGUAAAAUGAUGACCGGAUACUUGGCAUCACAGGGCAUGCACAUGUCAGAAGUGAGGGUGGGACAGGCUCUUCGGGAAACACAUGUUCCAUACCACCAAGCGAGACAAAGUGGAGCUAGAAACCUGAACCCAAUUCCGUACUAUGCCGAAUACUUUGGACAUAAGCUUCACAUGGACCAAAACAAUAUCCCUCUCAAACCUACUCUUCAUAUAUAA